UAAUGGCUAACUUUUUGGCAAUAAAACAAAACUAAUGUACAGUAAUUUUUGGGUUCAACGUUAGGUACCUAUAUUAUUUGUUUAUUAGUUUAUUGACAAAUUGUGUUAUAUGUACACUAUUAAUGUAUGUUAUGUACACGGUUGAUUUCUAUGAGUCUUCGGUAAACUUAAGUUAAACGGCAUAUUUAUGAGGAUACGCGAUUUUAACAAUUAUGGCCUGAUUAGUACAACUAUUUAUGAAUGCAGAUAGUAACACUAUAAGAUUUCAAACAAAAUAGAUUGUACUUCUGAGGCCAUGUAGUGUAAAUUUUCAUUAAUAUGUUAUCGGCUUCAACAUUUAUAAAAGCUUAUGGUGAAAUUGGUUUUAUAAAUAUUGAGUAACUACAGAAGAGUUGUUCAAGAAUAACUCAUAACAUUUUAGUAGCACACUUAUUAUGAGUUUAAAAGUAAGGAAAUCAGGAAAUUAUUACUUUAAAACAGAUAACAAUGGAUGGAAAAGUAAAAUGAGUAUGCAGCCAACCCUUAAAAUGGCAACUUACAUAACAGCAACAUGAAAAGUCAAUCACUUAGUAAUGUUGACACAUCAGAUGUCGAGAUUGGGUGGAAAUAUUAGGUGACCAUACAAAACAAAAUUUCUUCAUUAAUUAAUAUGGCAGAUCAUCACAGAAAAUACUCAAAACAUAGGACAGAUUCAAAGAGAGAUAAAAGUGCAAAAAGGAGUAAAGAUACUAAACACCAUCUAAAUGAGCCUAGAACACCACCAUAUUCAUCUAAAAGUAAUUCAAUUGACGAACUGAUAAAACAGAGAGAGACCUUAAAAGAAGAACUUAAAAAAUUCUCAAAACAUUCUAAAUCAAGUUCUAAAAGCAAGCAUGAUGAUCAUGGCAAAAAGCGGUCUAGUUCUGACAAUCUUCAUAAAUAUAAAAAUAGUAAAAGAUCUAAAAGUGAAAAAAAUUCUUCUUCCACUGUAUAUGUAGAAUCUUCACCGGUCCAUAAUGUUGAUUAUACGCAGGUAGACUCUGAAGAUGAAGAAUCUAUUAUUGAGCAAAGAAGACAACAAAGAAAGAGGCUAUUGGAACAACUUACGCAUAGUAAAGAUAUUGCUGAACAAGAAAACAAAAGUAAUCAAGAAAAGUGUAUAACAAAAAAAGAUUUGCAAGAAAUAACAAACUCAAAUGAAAAUAAAACCCAAAUCAAAAGUGAGACAACUGAUAUGUUUGCAGAGGAAGACUUCAUUGCUAAACAAAUAACUGAUAAAGUAACUCAAGACAACAGCAAAAACAGUGUUCAACUAACAGACAAUUGGGAUGAUGAAGAGGGUUAUUAUAACAUUAAAAUAGGAGAUAUUAUUAACAACAAUAGAUACACCAUCAAAUCUUUACUGGGACAAGGUGUGUUUGCGAAUGUCAUUAGGGCUCAAGAUACCAAAACUAACAUUGAAGUUGCAAUUAAAAUUAUGAGGAACAAUGAUUUAAUGUACAAGACGGGCCUAAAAGAAAUAGCAACAUUAAAAGAAAUGAAUGCUGCAGACCCAACAAAUAAAUAUCAUUGUGUUAGGUUAGAUUGCCACUUUAUGCACAAAAAACACCUUUGUUUGGUCUUAGAAUCUCUUCAUAUGGACUUAAGAGUGGUUCUAAAGAAAUACGGCAGACAUGGGCUGAACAUAAAAGCCCUUAACAGUUAUUCUGUGCAAUUAUUACUAGCCUUGAGACUUCUUAAGAAAGUUGGAUAUAUUCAUGCAGAUAUUAAGCCAGAUAAUAUUUUAGUAAAUGAUAGAAAAAAUGUUUUGAAGUUAUGUGACUUUGGUUCAGCAUUUAAAGUGGAAGAGAAUGAGCCAACACCAUACUUAGUCUCGAGAUUUUACAGAGCCCCAGAAAUUAUUUUAGGCAUAACUUAUAAUCAUGGUGUGGAUAUAUGGUCGACCGCUUGCACUAUGUACGAAAUGGCAACAGGAAAAAUAUUGUUUACAGGCAAUUCUAACAAUAAAAUGUUGAAAUGUUUCAUGGACCUUAAAGGAAGAAUUCCCACAAGACUUCUUAAAAAGGGUAAAUUUAAAGACCAACACUUCAAUUAUAACAACAACUUCUUAUAUCACAGAAAAGAUGAAUUUUCCGGAAGAGAAAAAUGUGAGGAAGUAUCUAACAUUACAAUUGGAAGAGACCUUCUGAAAGAAAUAAAGAAAGCUAGAAAAGAAAUGUCACCCGGCGAAGAAAAAAAGAUUGGACAACUUAAAGAUCUUUUGGACAAAAUGUUAAUGUUGGAUCCUGCUCAGCGGAUAUCUGUCAAUGAGUGUUUAAAACAUCCAUUCAUUCGAGAAGAAUUGCAUUACUAAAUUGCUCAAUCAAAAAUAAACUAUUUUUCCUA